AUGCGCGCCUACGCCUACAUCGACGGGCUGAUCGGCGAAAAGCGCGGGCCCGAUGAACUUGCGAUGAUCGGCUUGCCGCUCGAAGGAGCCGGGCUCACCGGUCGGAUCGGCGUCUCCAAUUCCGUUAUCAAUCCGGUCUACUCGAUUGCGGCUUCGCCCGACGGGAACACGAUCUUCGUUGCGGAAACCCAUACGGCGCAGGAAGCGGGCGACCGCCUGAUCGGCGAUCUGCAACCCGGCACGACGCUGCGUGCCAUCGACGUGAGCGACGUGGCGCAGCCGCGCCUCCUGGAUCAGGUCGAGGUCGGCACGCGCCCCUUGGGUGUCUCCGUCAGUCCGGACGGACAAACGCUGGUGCUCGCAACGCGGACGCCGGGUCGCCCGCUGACCUUCGUCAGCUAUCGAGACGGCGGCUUUGGCGAGGCCCGGCAGUUCGCUCUCGAGAACGUCUCGCCGAUGAUGGAACUGCCGGAUCUGGGACAGAUGCCACAUCACGCCGAAUGGCACCCGAGCGAGGAUGUCGUGGCGGUAACGCUCAAUCUGCGCAACCAGGUGCAGUUCUACCGCGUCUCGCGCGACGCCGACGGAAACGUCGAGGAGGUGACCCAGUGGGGCAACUCGGUCGCCACCGCGAAGUGGCCGAUGUCGGGCAAGUUCUCGCGGGACGGCAGGUUCUUCGUGUCGAACGAUCUCCAGUGGGGCCCAGACGUCGGUCCGGACGGCAACGGAAGCUAUGCCCCGCCAUCGCAGCUGACGGCGAUCCGCCUGGCCGACUUCGGUGCGGCGGCACCGCGCCACUACGUCAUGGGCGGUGUCAGCGUGCCCCAGCAUGCCGAAAGUCUCGCCUUCUCGAACGACGGCACGAUGAUCGUGACGCUCAAUCUCGGUCAGACCUGGAUCCCCGAAGGUGAGCCCGAUCAUUCGCUGUCGAGUCUGAGCCUGGUGACCUUCGACGUCGAGACCGGCCUGAUGCGGCAUGCCGGAGACUGGGAGAUGGCAGGCAUCCUGCCGGAAGGCGUCGCCUUCGAUGCCUCCGACAACUACGUCGUCGCCGGCGUCUUCGAGUACGACGGGCCGGAACCGCGUGCGAGCGCGCUGGAGUUCUGGAGCGUGAAGCGCGAGGCGGAUCGUCUGCCACGGCUGGUGCCGACAGGAUUCACUGUCGAGACCGGCCCCGGUGCCCAUUCCCUGAUCGUGGUGAGAUCCUCCAUGCGACAGAUCCUGCUUUCGGCUCUCUUCCUCACAAGUCUGUCUGCCUUCGCGAUGGCGGACGAUCUGCAGUCCUUGAGCAGCGGUUUCGACGGGCCGGAUGACCUGGCGGCCUGGUCGGAGCAUCUGCCGGCCGGCUUUACCCGGAAGUGGCGGGAGCCCCGGGUCGAGGACGGACGGCUGGUCCUGCAGCCCUUGUCCUCGGGCUGGUUCGAGGACAAUCAGGCGGGGCACCUCUUCCACCCGGUGGCUGGCGAUUUCAUCGCGACCACGCGGCUCGAGGUGACGGGGACGGACGCGGCGCUGCCGCAGACGCCCUUUUCGCUCGCCGGCCUCUUCGUGCGCGCGCCGCGCAGCGUCUCGGCGGACGGCUGGGUGCCGGGUCAGGAGAACUGGCUGUUCUUCUCCAUCGGAACGGCGGCGCCGGCUGGCCAGCCGCACUACGAGAUCAAGACCACGACCAACUCUCUCUCCACCCUGAAGAUCCUGCCCUCGCCAACCGGGCCGGUCGACCUGCGGAUCGCGCGGCAGGGCGAGCUCUUCACGCUGCUUGCGCGCGUACCGGACGGCGCGUGGGAGGUGGUGGAGCAGAUCAUCCGGCCAGACCUGCCGGAAUCCCUGAACGUCGGGCUCACGGCCUACUCCGACUACGGUUCGGUGGCACCGAUCUACCCCGACUUCCAGCGCUACAACACGGAAGGCGCGGUGGAAGAGAAGGCCGACCUGAUCGCCUAUGUGGACAGCUUCGCGCUGCGCCGUCCGGCCACCGGCCGCAUCCCUGUCGCCAACCUCGACGCGCCCGAAAUCCUGGAGGCGAUCGCCACGCGCCGCCGCGGCGAUCACCUCGAUCUCCACGAGCCAGUCGUCCUCCAGCGUUUGCACCACGAUGGCGGUGGUGGGAACGCGGCGCCCGUCGAGCGCCCGCAGCCGGGCGGCCUGAUUGGCCUCCCUGAAGGCGGGGUCCCGCAGGUAGCUGGUCAGGCGCACGAUGUUGUCCGUCGUCAUCUCGGCCUCGGCCAGGAUGCGGCGGAGAUUCGACCAGAUCAGCGCGAGCUGGGCGUCCAGACCCUCCGGCGCCCGGCCCUCGGCGUCGAGCCCCAUGGUGCCGCUGACGAAGAGCAGUCGGUUCGCCCCCCGGACCUCAAGUGCGUGCAGAUAGUCGUCGGCGGGGUAGAGGCCGUCCGUCAAUUUCGAUUGAUAAAUGAGGAAACAGAAUAUCUUCGGCCGAACGGCAGGUCGGCGCGGCCCUUGGAUGCCUUCGACCGAAGGAUCUUGGCCGCGCUGACCGAAGACGCGCGCCUGACCUACGCGGAAGUCGGCCGGCGCGCCGGCCUCUCCGCGCCGGCGGUCCAUGAGCGGGUGAGGCGCCUCAGGGCCUCGGGCGCCCUGGCCGGCACGACGACCCGAAUCGACGGCCCCUCGGUCGGCAAGCCCUUCCUGGCUUUCGUUCAUGUCGACGCGGACGGCUGGGGCAAGAGCCAGCGGAUGAUGCGGUUGGCGCGCUUCCCCGAGGUGGAGGAGAUGCAUUCGGUCGCCGGCGACACCUGCGUCAUCCUGAAGGUGCGCACCGCCUCCGCCCGUGACCUGGAGGCCUUUCUCUCGCAGCUCUACGUCUUGCCGGGCGUCCGGGGCACGCGCAGCUUCGUCGUGCUCUCGACCUAUCUGGAGCGUCCGGUGCAGGCGGAGGUCACCUCGGCCUGGCCGGACGCGAUCCUGCUAGAGGUGUUUGCCGAAGAAGGCGAGCGCGAGACGGUUGAAGGCGGAGGGAUUGUCCAGGUUUGCAGCAUGACCGGCCUCUGGAACGACGGCCAGUUCGCUCGUUCCAGUCUGGCGGUGCCAGACCGCGGCCGCCUUCGGAAUAAGGUCGAGGCGAUCUCGAUCGCCGUAACAGAUCAAGAUCGGAUGCGAGAUCGCGUAGCCGACGUCUUGGUCGCUGUCAUCUUGAUGGACGGCAAGAGCUAUGGCCUUGGCGAUCGCCCUGACGUCUUUCGCGGUUAG